GAGCUUGGGUUGCAGUUCGCACUCAUUCUUACCUUUGACUUUGGUGCGAACGAACGUGUGCAGCGCGUGCUCCAUUACAACAGCGUCAACCUUCGCCGACCGUGAGGUGUGUGUGACUUCAGCAUUAUCAUUUUUUGUGAUAAAGUGCUGCAACGCAAACAUAGUGAAUAAUUUAUAAAUCUGGGCUGUUAAUAAUCAUUUAAAUUGGACAGUUUUCUUUCCGUCCGUUACAACUCCCCACACCAGACGCGCGGUGCUACUUGCUCUCUAGCAGAAAAAAAUCAACACCAGCAAAGUGAAAACAACAUUCCUGUGCAAAAUGGCUCUCAACUGUGGACAUUCGACGAUAAAGUAUCUGCUUUUCAUCUUUAACCUGCUGUGCUCGCUGUGCGGUAUUGCGCUGAUCGUGAUCGGUGCCGUUUCGUUGGUAAAACUUGAGGAACUGCGCGAGAUCAGCGAUGAGUACAACAUCGUCGCACCGUCCAUCCUGCUGAUCGUUUUCGGCUCGAUCGUGUUUGUCAUCUCGUUCUUCGGAUGCUGUGGUGCUAUCCGCGAAUCGUACUGCAUGACCUCGACCUAUAGCUUCUUCCUGAUCCUGCUCGUGAUCGCCCAGAUCGUGAUCGCUGUGUUGGUGUUUGUGUUCGUCGGUGAUGUGACCAUUGCCAUCAAGAAGGGCUUCGAGGGUGUGUUCCAAAACCGCGAUAACCCGGUUAAUGCCGACCUGAUCAACUCGAUCCAGCAGAACUUGCAAUGCUGCGGCAAGAACAGCUUCCUGGACUAUGGAGUUUCAUUCCCGCAGUCGUGCUGCAGCAGCGGUGGCACUGCUCCACUGUGCGUUCCAUUUGCCCGUGGUUGUUUGGGCCGACUGUCCGAGUUCCUGGACAGUGCCGGUAACAUUGUCGCCUGGGUGUCGCUCGGUGUGGCCGCCGUCGAACUGGUCGGUCUCAUCUCGGCCUGCUGCCUGGCUAACGCCAUCCGCAACCAGCAGAGAAGAUACAGCUAAAAAGUGUGCGCUACUAUAUGCUUUUUAGUAGCUUUUUGGUGGGUGUGUCGUCCGUUUUACUAUAUGGCAGUGCCGAGAAGGAUAAGAACCAUAACCGUAACUGAUGCUUUCGAGAAGUAACCGUAGUAGGAGAUAAGUUUGGGAUUUAAGAAAGGCAAGCGGGAACAUUUGUUGUGUGCUCGUACAUGCACACGCGGACGUAUGUGCGAGUUUGUGAUGUCCCAAUGGUGCGCUUUAAUGUUGGGGGAACACUUUACUUUACCCUUAUUAUGCCCUAUGUCGAUGUGAGAAACCUGAACAUUGAUUAAUUUACACAUCCCGGAAAAAAACGAGAAAAAGGACAAUUGUAAUGCACAAUUAACUCAUGCGGUGAAGGCAAACUAGCUGUCGUCUGUAUGGGUUAUGCUGAAGUACAAAAAUCGCGUAUAUCACCAUAAGUGCCGCCCCAAAAGGAAACCUCAUCACCAUCCACACAACGUCAGCCACCACAUCCAGGGCCAGAGGAUCAUCAUCGUUCGAUCUGCCAGAGUGUGCACACGUACACGAAACUACGAACACACAACUAAACAUGUAUGUUCCCGUGUGCGGUGCGUGUAUAUCGUUAAUCGUUCUCGCACUUUCUACUUCAUGUUCUGUUUUGCUAUGUUUGCACAAGAAGGGGCUUUUUCGCUAUUUAUGCUACAAAUCAUGUAAACUGCAUAUAUUUAUCUAAUUGGCUUUCUGUUUACAAACGAGAGAGUAUCGAGAGCGUGUGCUGGCACUAUUAUGUUGCUGAACAAUACCAACUGUCCCAUGUUUGCUUUCAAUUCUUUCCGAUCUUCGAAUAUUCCCGAGUGUUUACGAAACUGCGCGCAAAACAUGUAUGUAUGUAUGUUGCGGGGGUCUGUUUGAAAAAGAGAACACUCGAUCGUAGCAUGUAAGGAAAACCCCCAUUCUCAUUUAACUCUGUGGCAUAACGACAUGGAAAUUCGAACGAAUUCAAACGAAAGUUAUAACAAUAUUUACGAACAAUAGUUUUGUUGAUAGAGGAAAAAGCUACAAACAUUUGUACUAUCUAUAAUCAAAAAAAGAAGGACUCAUAAUCGGUUUUUGUAAACGAGAAGCAAAUUUACUUUAUAAUUUUUGUAUCAAACACAUCUCUCCAGCUCUUGAUCAUAACAAUACAUGUACUUUCAGUGAAGUAUUUCUCGCAAGGCGAGCGAGCUCUGUUGAAUUUGACCAACAAAAAGCAGUUAAAUAUAAAUAUAUAUAGGAAGAAUCUUCUGUCGUUAAAA